CAGUUGUUUGAGUGUUGACGCUGAAUGCGGAAGGCGAGGCGGAUCAGGACAGCGGUGUUUGUGGCUGUGUUCACUUCAACAGGUGGAAAAGAUGACAGAACCGAGCAAGCAGGACAUUUCCGCCAUUUUCAAGCGUUUACGCUCCAUUCCUACUAAUAAGGCCUGUUUUGACUGCUCUGCCAAGAACCCCAGCUGGGCCAGCAUCACAUAUGGAGUGUUUCUGUGUAUCGACUGCUCAGGGACGCAUCGUUCUCUGGGAGUGCACCUAUCUUUUAUCAGGUCUACUGAACUGGACUUCAACUGGUCCUGGUAUCAGCUGCGCUGCAUGCAGGUUGGGGGAAAUGCCAGUGCUACUGCCUUUUUUAACCAACAUGGUGGAACUGCAGGUGCAGCUAAUGCAAAGUAUAACAGCCGAGCAGCCCAGCUUUACAGAGAGAAGAUAAAGACUCUGGCAACCCAAGCCACCCGCCAGCAUGGCACAGAGCUGUGGCUGGACAGUCAGGCUCCUCUGUCCCCCACAUCUCCUGGAGACAAGCAUGAAGACUUUUUUGCCCAGCACACACAGGAUGAUGGAGGCUUUCUCCAGCAAAAACUGAAUCCACCACAGGAGACAGUGAGGCAAGACAACAACAAUAAUGAUAACAAUGAGGAGGGCCCUUCUGUUGAACUCCUCAGUGUUUCUCCGAAAGCUGCUUUAGCUGAACCUUCUCUAAUCAAAAAGAAGCCACCGGCAGCUAAGAAAACGCUGGGCGCUAAGAAAGGAGGCCUGGGGGCUCAGAAGGUGAGCAGUCAGAGUUUCUCAGCUCUGGAGAAGAGAGCACAGGCUGUGGACAAACUGCGAGAAGAGGCAGCAGCAGAAAAGAGUGCAGAACCUGAACAACCAGUCGUGUCCUCUUUGCGACUGGCCUAUCAGGAUCUGGAGCUGCAGAGGAAGAGAGAUGAGGAAAAGCUGCGAGGGCUGGAGGGGAAGAAGAAGGAGCAGGCUGAGAGGCUGGGGAUGGGCCUGGGCAGCAGGGCUGGAGUCUCUCACUCUGUCCUAUCAGACAUGCAGACCAUUCAACAGGAGACGCCCACUGUGUCUCACUCCUCCUCUCGCUCAAGGAAAUACAACAAUGACGAGGACGAGGAGGAAGCUGGCUUUUUCUCCAUGAGGAGCUCCUCCAGGUUUAUGGACGAUGCACCUCAGUCUUCAGAUCAGUUCUUCUCCCAGUGGGGAGACAUCAAGAAGAAGGAACCAAAGAAACCAGAGCCCGAUUUCUACCUGAGCUCCAAGAAGUCUUCAUAUGAAGAGAGGAGCACAUCAAGGAGGAAGUCAGACCACAGUCCUGUAGCAGUCUCAGAUGAUGCCCAGAAGAAGUUUGGUGAUGCCAAAGCCAUCUCCUCUGACAUGUUCUUUGGUAAACAGGACAGCUCUGAGUAUGAAGCUAGAACCCGACUGGAACGUUUUUCUGGCAGUUCAGCAAUCAGCUCAGCAGAUCUGUUUGAUGAGCAGAAGAAGCAGACAGCUGGCAGUUCCUACAGUAUAAGCAAUGUGCUGCCCAAUGCUCCAGACAUGUCUCAGCUGAAGAUGGGUGUGCGCUCUGUGGCUGGCAAGCUGUCAGUCAUGGCUAGUGGUGUGGUUUCCUCUAUACAGGAUCGCUACACAUGAGCAUUUAUUCAGAGUUUCCAGAGGGGGCAACCUCCCUGCAUAAUGAAGAGAUACUGUAUGUUCAAACAUGUAGGUCACAACUGCAUUACAAUCAAAUAUGAUGCAUAUAUGUAGCUUUAUGCAUUGGUUAUGCUGAAGGCCAUUCAUUGGCUAGGUUCCAGCUCUGUUCAGGAGCUAUCUGAAGGACAGGCUUUGCUGUUGUUUAAACUUGAAAAGCUUUUUUUGCUAUGCGUUUGCAGAAGAAAUGAUUGAGCUGGUAUUGUGGGAACUUUUUGAUUUUUUUUUUGUUGUUGUUUUUGUAAAUAAUUUAUUGAUUGUUUACAUGUUUCUCAAUUUGUUAUAUGUGCAUUAUAGCUUACAGUUCUAGAGUAAUCUGGUGAUAAAGGGAUCUUUAUGGAAUUGAAUAGCCUUAAUUUCGUAAGUGCUCUUAUCUAUACAGUGGUCUGUAGAUCACUGAAGACCAAAUUUCAGUAAGAGACUGCCACUUAUUUAGUGCUGUUCACUUCUGAUUUGUAGAAAUGCUGCAUGGGACUUCAAAGCACAAAAAGUAGAUCACAUAUGUGGUUCAUAUUAUCCUACGGAAUAUUAUGUCAAAGUUUAUGUAAAUAUGUUAGCACUAUGUUUGUUUGGAAAUGUGUGGGUUACUUUUGUGCUAUUUAAAUUUAAAUAAGUCACUUAAAAAAGCUGAAAUGCAUUGUGCUGAAUAUAGUACACAAUCAGUUCAGUACCACUAGGUGGUGGUAUCAACAGCAGUUUAUUACACCAAAAUUGAUGUGACACGUUUUUAUCAAAGACACAAAAACUUGUAUCUUCAAAAUGGCAUAUUUACCUAGAACGAAAAAAUCUCCCUGAAUUUCAUUGGAAGUCUAUGUUAUAAAGGAUUUCGACACAGUGUAAUUCUGACACAGUGUACAUAAUAACUGUAAUAGCGAUUAUAUUUUAGAUAUAUGAGUUUAAACAGCAUCUUAUUUUAGGCAGCACUCGGUUUAGAGCAGUUCAUUACCAUAUUUUACGGAAUAAUAAUACGGCACACCAAAUUAUAAUGCUUAUUAUCAAUGAACGUCCAUUUUCUGGUCUAUUUUCAUACAUCAGGGAAACUUCGAUAAAGUAAAUGCCUCCCAACAGCGCUACACUGAGAAACCCUGUAUUCCAGUAAGUCAGGGCGAUAUCAGCUAGCAGUUCGCCAACGUAGCUUGUUUUAAUUAGGUAAACACACAGGCUACAGGCUGAUAUACUUACCUCUGAUCAGUUUAUUUACAUUAAGCUUAGAUUUCCAAUAAUUUCAACAGUGUGUUGGUGAUAAUAUAAAAAAGUAAAAAAAAAAAAACUAUGUCCUAUUUUAACCACAUUUUUGGGUCAUAUUUUGGACAUGAAUGUUUUAAAAAGUCACUGUAGUGCAGAAUUGCAAUGCAUUGUGUUGUGCUACAUAUGUUGGAGAUUAUAUGGUGGAAAUUGCACCUUCGGUGGAGUACACUAGGUGGGGCUGUUUACAGUUAGUUAUACCAAAGUUGAUGAAGCUUUUUGUCACUGUCAUGUUAAAAACUUCUAUCUCUCAUAUUGAAACUUUACAGGAGAUGGAAUGAACUUUAACUUUCAGUGAAAAUCAAUGAAAAACAUUUUCAGUUUUCAAAGAAUGACUGCCAGAUGCAAAAAUGGAAGUGGCAAAAUGGAGAUGCACGUUUUUUUGUGACAGUGAUAAUGUUAAAAUCCAAUUUUAAAAAGUCACUUUAACAAAGCUGCAGUGCAGAAAUGCAAGGUGUGGAUCAUUUUAAGGAAGUAAAAUUGCACUUUUCCAUAGGUAGCACUAGGUGGUGGUGUUUAUUCAGUUUAUUACACCAAAGUUGAUGAUAAAUUUGGGUAUAAUUUUGUACAUUUUGCCGUUUGUUAGUUGAGGAAGUUGCUGGUCUAUAAGAGAUCUUAAGCUUUGGAUGAAAAACACACACAGAGAAACCAUAGCUAAACUUUGGUGUAAAUAUUUCCAGUCAUACAUUUUUCCUGCUUCAUAUCUCUGGUUUAUAUUGAUAGAUUUUGCCAUUGAUUUACAGGGGCAGCUUUUGCUUGGCUUUAUUUUUUAUGCACUACAGAAUUAUUGUUACAAAUGGUAGAUGCAAAUUAUACCUAUAUAUAGAUAAACAAUGUAUCACAUUGUGUACACUUUAUGCUGAAAUGUUGACAGAGCUGAAAUAUAAUGAAAGCAGUAUGUAGAACCAAACCAGUCAUUUCUUCUAAGAAGAAAAACUAAAAGACUAAAAAAAUUUUAAAAGUUAUAAUUUAGCAGCCUUAAUAGUUUCAACUCAUAUGUUUUGUGUUCAGUCUAGCAGCCCAUUAGGUCUGUUAAAAAAAAACUGCAUUUGCACUACAUUGAAAAGAUUUUUGCAUUUAGAAAAUCUAGUGAUGAUAUACAAUUAUAAAAGUCAUAAUGUAAAGGGAACAUACACAUGUGCUAAGACUAAAUAAAGAAACAUUCAUUGUUGAAAAGUC